GCCGCCGGCCCGCACCUCGGGCGCCUGCCGCCCCCGCCGCCGCCGCUCGCGCGGGGAUGUAGGAUGCUGGUGGGCGCCAGGCUCCAGCGGCGGCGGCGGCAGCUGCAGCAGCAGCAGCAACCCCGGAGGCGGCAGCAUCUCCUCUGGCCGAUGAAUGCAGACCCGCAGCCGCCGCCACCCUGGAUUUGGAUGGUCCCCGGCUCGGCCGGGUUGCUCCGGCUGGGCACCGGGGUCGCGCCCCGACCCUUGUUGCUCGCAUCGGCCCAGCCCCCGGCCCCUCCGCUGCUCCCGGGGCUGCCGGGCUGGCCGGCCCCUGGCGAGCCUCUGCUGCCGCUGCUGCCGCUGCCCUCUGCGCCAGACCACGCCGCCGCCGCCGUGCAUCACUACCCCGUGCUCCACGGGCAGUGGCUGUUUGGUGGCCAUUCUCCAUCGAUAGGACUGUCCCCACCUUCCACUGUGGAGUUGGUGCCCACUUUCCCACAUUUCUGCCCAUCUGCUCUUCCACCUCCUAUUGGGAAAAGCUGGAUAGACAAAAGGAUACCUAAUUGUAAGAUCUUUUUUAAUAAUUCCUUUGCCCUGGACUCAACAUGGAUAUAUCCCGAGGAAUCAAGAUGGCUCCAUGGGCAUGAGAAGCCUCAUUUGUUGGCAAAUCAAGUCUCUAUGUCCCUGUCCAGGCCAGUUCCUGCCUCCAGGCCUCUUCCCACAAUGGUGUUAACACCUCAGCCUAUACCAGGUGGCGGCCACAACAGCCUUAAGCCCGUCAGCAGCAGCCCCACCAUUGCCAUCGCAGCCGCUGCCACAGCCAUGGUCUCCAUGGACCCUGACGGACUUGGGGUCCCAUCACCAUCCAGUGUGCAGCCCUGCCACUUCCUGACGUUGGCACCCAUCAAAAUACCCCUGAGGACCACUCCUUUCUGUGCUGGGCCUUCUCUGAACAUGUGGGAUGGGGUCCUACCCACCAUGGCAGGACCUCUGUGGAAGCCACUGAAGCCCUGGGAUGAGUACGAGAGGCGUGGAUGA